AUGUCAACCUCAGUUGCCGCCCUGGGCUCUUCACCCUAUGCGAUUGCAGUGGGUGUGGCUAUUUUCGUGUACUUUGUCAUUCACCCUUUUAUUCUAUACUUAAAGGACACUAAGGGUCUUCGACGCUUCCCUAACAUGUCCCCGUUCUCCGGCAUGUCUAGUAUUCCCUUCAUGAUCCUUGCUCAUGGGGGGGCACGAUCGACUCAUCUCGCGAAAUUACACAAACAAAAGCCUAUCAUCAGAACAGGGCCCAACGCACUGUCCUUCGCCGGUGGACAAGCCAUCAAAGACAUUUAUGGUCACGGAACUACCUGUAUCAAGGAUGGAUCAUACAUCGUAGGAGCCGGAACUCAUUUUCACCUAGCCGAUGUGGUUGAUAAACACGAUCACGCCCGAAAGCGAAAGGUUCUGUCAUCUGCUUACGCACUCAAGAAUCUCGAGGGUUGGGAAUAUAAGGUUGCGGAUAAGGUGCAGCGAAUGAUAGACCACUUUGACAAGGUCUGCACUGCUCCUUUGCCUAAGGGUGCCCAGUUUCCCGAUUCUAAAGACUUCAAUCUCGACUUCCGUGCCUGGUCUAACUUUUUUUCUCUUGAUGCCAUCGCUGAUAUUGGUCUUUCUGAGAAACUUGGUCUACUUGAUCGAGGCCACGAUCGUGUGGAAGCUCAGGAGACAUGCGGUACUGUCUACGAAACCAAUCUACGACAAUGUCUUUAUCCCACAGCACGCAAGCAGUCUUAUCUUCUUUGGAGUUACGACUACUACAAGCUGCUCAAUAAAAUUUCCAACGUCAUUCCGUUCUACCGGAAGAUGUCCGAGUCAGCCAAGGGUUGGGAUGAUAUCGUGUUGCGUCGAGCUCAACUCCGGUUACAUCGAUACCAGAAGGGGGAAAAGCUCGACGACUUCUUCCAGGCUCUAAUGGAGGACAAGAACGGUAACCCUCAUAAUCUUGAAUGGGGCGAGGUUGUUGCUGAGAUCAACAUCAUGAUGAACGCCGGAAGUGUCACCACUGCUAUUGCUUUGGCCAACGUUCUUUAUCAGUUACUACUGGACCCAAGAUCGAUGCAGCUCCUGCAACAAGAACUUGAUGCAGUCCUUGAUCCCGACGAGGUGAUUGCUCCCUAUGAUAAGGUCAAGCAUCUCCCCUACCUCCGUGCUUGUCUCGAUGAAUCGCUUCGGCUCUGGCCACCAACCCCUCAGGGUCUUGGUCGUCAGACCCCUCCUGAAGGAUUAACCAUCAUGGGCCAGUACAUCCCCGGUAACACAAGUGUUAGUGUGUCUGCUCUGGUUGCGCAUCGCGAUGAGACAAUCUACCCCGAGGCAGAAAAGUUUAUUCCUGAACGAUUCCUAGGCGAGAAGGGUAAGGAUCUUCAAUCCCACUUUAUUACUUUCUCAGCCGGCGCUCGAGGUUGUAUUGGGCGCAACAUUUCUUAUCUUGAACAGACUGUGUGUCUUGCUUCGAUCGUUCACCGAUACGAGUUUGCCCUACCAGCAGGCUUUGAGAUGAAGAGAGAGGAGACAAUGAAUCAUAUCCUGGGCCCUAUGCCUGUCAAGGUGUGGCGAAGAAAUCUUGGAGAGCUAGAGUAA